GAAUUGAUAAGAACUGCCCUUUUAAACCAAUUUAACUGCCAACAAAGCGAAUUAACAUAUAACCAACUUUAACUCCCAUAUGGCAUUUUAACUGAAUACCAUACGUGCAUACUAAGUAUCAGCAGCAUACGCAUCAGAAUUGCAGCUGGCGGUCCCUGAUCGCGUUUCGGCGAUUUGCAGUCGUGGUGUUUUGUUAUUGGAGCAGCACAAACAAGAUUAAAAAUAAACUAAACAUUUCGUCGCAAUGUUACAACUUUGAUGAAGAAACGCUCCCAAAUCUGACGCACAAUUGUAUGAACAAGUGCAUUAUAGAAGUGAAUGUGCAUAUUCUGUUGCUGUCCAUACUCUGUGUUAAUUGAGGGAUUUAUUUAAAAUUAAAAAACAAACGAAUUAUACAACUAAAGCGGAGACCGUGAUAAAUUCAAAUGCCCAGCAGCAACGACAACAGCGACAACAACAAGUAACACGUUCAAAGUGAAGGUCAACGUCACAAGCGAUAUAUAAAUAUAUAUAUAUUUAGAGAGAGAGAGAGAGAGAGACGAAACAAGCAAUAAUAUUAACACCAACAACAACCACUAACGGCAACUGUGGCUGCCAAAACCAAUUUACGAACAGCGCCUGCUGCCUGCAUUUGGAGCUAGCGCCUUUAGUCAGCCUUCGUUUUAGGUAAUAACAAGAUGAGCUCGACUUCAACGGCUAUCAUAGCACAGUUUCUUCUCUCGCUGCUUCUGCUGGUCGUGAGCGUGCUGACCGACGAUGCGAGCACCAUUCCCACACAGAACAUGUCCCACAAGGAGCGUGCUGAGCUGCGCGAGGAGUCGCGUGACAUGUUUUAUCAUGCAUAUAAUGCUUAUAUGGCGAACGCAUAUCCUGCCGAUGAGCUGAUGCCGCUGUCCUGCAAAGGUCGCUAUCGAGGCGUGACUCCAUCGCGUGGCGACAUGGACGACAUACUAGGCAACUUUUCCAUGACGCUUGUGGACACUUUGGACACAUUGGUAUUGCUUGGCGACUUUGCUGAAUUCGAGCAUGCUGUCAAGCUGGUCAUACGCGAUGUGCAAUUCGACAGCGAUAUUAUUGUGUCGGUAUUCGAGACCAACAUUCGCAUGGUUGGUGGUCUGCUCUCAGCCCACAUUCUGGCAGAGUACCUGCAGAAACAGGCGGAUGUGAUGCACUGGUACAAGGGUGAAAUGCUUGAGAUGGCACGCGAGCUGGGCUACCGAUUGUUGCCGGCAUUCAACACCACGACGGGCAUUCCCCAUGCACGUGUCAAUCUGCGACUGGGUAUGAAGGAUCCACAGCUCAAGAAAUCGCGGGAAACGUGCACAGCAUGCGCAGGCACAAUACUGCUGGAAUUUGCGGCAUUAUCGCGACUAACGGGCGAUCCCAUUUUUGAGGUAAGGGCACAUGCCGCAAUGGACGCCUUGUGGAAACUGCGGCAUCGUGGCUCUGAUCUCAUGGGCACCGUGCUGAAUGUGCACUCAGGUGAUUGGGUUCGUCGUGAUUCCGGCGUGGGAGCAGGAAUUGAUAGCUACUACGAGUAUUUGUUCAAGUCGUAUGUGUUGCUAGGCGAUGACAAAUAUUUGGCGCGCUUCAACCGACACUAUAAUGCGGUCAUGAAGUAUGUCAGCGAGGGUCCGAUGUUACUGGACGUAUUGAUGCAUAGACCGCACGCCAAGUCACGCAAUUUUAUGGACUCAUUGCUGGCCUUUUGGCCAGGUCUGCAGGUGCUUUCGGGUGAUCUAAAGCCGGCUGUGCAGACGCAUGAAAUGCUUUACCAGGUGAUGCAGAUGCAUACGCUCAUACCGGAGGCAUGGACCGUUGACUUUCAGAUACACUGGGGUCAGCAUCAUUUGCGACCAGAGUUCAUAGAGUCCACAUACUUCUUGUAUCGAGCUACUGGCGAUCAUCAUUACCUGCAGGUGGGAAAGCGUGCGCUGAAGACGCUUCAACAAUAUGCCAAAGUCUCAUGUGGCUACGCGGCCGUUAAUGAUGUCCGCACUGGGAAGCAUGAGGAUCGCAUGGACUCAUUUGUGCUUUCUGAGACAUUUAAGUAUUUGUUCCUGUUGUUCUCGGAGCCACAGGAUUUGAUCAUCAAUGUGGAUGAAUUUGUCUUCACAACCGAAGCGCAUCUUUUGCCAUUGUCCAUUGCGCAACUCGGGAACUCGACGUUUAGCUUUCGGCAAUCGGACGAGCACAAUGUACUCGACUUCAUGCGCACCUGCCCCAGUUCCAAUAAGCUUUUUCCUGAGAAAGUACGCAAACCAUUGCGCAACUUCAUUACGGGUUCGUGCCCGCGCAGCACCAGCGGAAAGCGUCUCAGUGCUCUGGACUUUCAAGCAAGCAAUGCAGAUCAUUUGCGAGCUGUUUACGACAUGGGCAUCACAAUGGUUUCUGUAGGCGAUCGUAGCCAAGGCAAGGUGCGACUGUUUCAUAGUUUCUAUAAUGCAAAAAGUCAAGAGGAAGGUGAAAUGGGCUUGCAGUUCAUGCAGGAAAUGUUGGAGCUAACCAAAAUGCAGAGCAUGAAUCAGUUGGCGCAGCUGCAGGUGCGUAAUGACCAAGACAAUUCGGCAGAUAUUCGAUUAAUGGCCGUCGCCUAUGCGUUGGAUGAUCAAUCACAGGAUUGGACAGCUCUGAUGGCCGGCCCAUCGCACUUCAGUCCGGAGCUGGUUGGUGAACAGUUCGUCGAGGGCCACAUUGUGUGGGCUCGUCCCCCACGCGCUUGCGAUGAGAAGCUGUUGAAUGCCGAAAAUAUUAGCGGCAAGAUUUUGGUGGCGGAGCGCGGCGACUGCACAUUCGUGAGCAAGGCCCGACUAGCACAAAAAGCGGGCGCCGCGGCGCUAAUCGUCUGUGAUAAUGUAGCAGGUUCUUCCGGCGAGACGCAACCAAUGUUCGCUAUGUCUGGCGAUGGCACUGAUGAUGUUGCCAUACCCGUUGUCUUUAUGUACAGCGUGGAAUUCGCUAAGCUAUCCGAUGCCAUGCAGCGACGACCUCAGCUACGGGUUCGGCUCAUGCAAAUGGUGGAGUUCAAGCGAUGGCAGCUCGCCAAGGAGGCGCAUCAAAACGAGACGGCAGCGGCAGCUGCGGCGGCGGUUGCGUCUGCAUCUGCGUCCGCAUCUGAGGCGGCAACAAUGACGACGAUGCCAAAGAAAAAAGCCAGACAAGGAAUUGUAGUGAUUACUUAACAAGGACCCUCUGGCAUUCCCUAAACCUAUAAACUGCUUUUCGAUAAACAUUUCACUAACUGUGUACACAUAA